UUUCAAAAAAAUAAAAUAAAUAAAAACGCGAGUAGAGAGAGAGACCGAUUUUUAUUUUCUUGUUUUUCUUUUAACCUUCUUCUCAUUUCAAUAACAUGCCCUACUCGGAUCGUACACAGGGCCAUGUCGAUGGCCUGGAGGAUAUAUCACGGCCCGUAGAACCCGACCAUUCUGAAUCAGAAGAUGAGACCGGACUCGAUCAUGACAAAUAUGCGUCGAUGAACAUUCCUGAGAGCAUGAAGAAUAUUUUACGCAUGACUUCCGACGGGAAAGAUUUCGAGCCAACACAAGACGAUUCGGAAUCAGACAACGAUUCCAUGUACAAGACAGCCACCCCUCUCGCCAGUCUAAACCACGAUAUCUCCAAAAACAAAUUUGUAAACUUUCCACAUAUGCCCGAACCACAAGACGAACAGGCACAGCCAACAACGAAAGCGAAAAAAUCCAAGGAAAAGAAGAAGAGGAGAGACAAGGGGAAGAAACGUGCGGAGGAAGAAACACCCAGAGAGACCGAUGCAUUACAAGCCAACUUUGCAAAGUUUGCUGCUGAAGAGUCAGACGAUGAGGAGGAGAUCAGGCCGAGAAAGAAGAAGACAAAGGGAAGAAGAACACGAAAGGAUACAUCACAUAUCAACAAGGUGGAUGAAAACGGUGAGCGAUUAGUUAGAACGACCGAGUUUUUGGAUACCGACUCAGACGCCUCCAGUGACGGAGGUCGUCCACUGACUAAGAAGCAAGAAUUGGAAAUGUACAGAGAAGCGGAACGUGUCAGAAGAUCCAAAUAUGUCCCAAUGAAGAUCACCUACAAUAUUAAAACCUAUGAAGAUCUCGUAAAGCGCCACGAUGAACACGAAAGAAUUAGAUUAGAGCGUCUCGAAAUGGAAGAACGAAAAUUACCUCCACGACCACGACCAGCACCACCAGCGAGAUCUAUUCUGCCGCGUCAAGAUGACUCAAGUGACGACGGUCUCAUCAUCAUAAACAAGCCAACCACCAUCACAUCACCCGAUCGUAUUCGUAAUCCCAGCAUCAAUUGGAGUCCCAUGGACACUGCUGCCAGAUCACGUCGAGCUCACAAUCAGUCGUUAUUGACUCGUAUGGCCGAAGAAGGCUAUGCCCAUCGCAUUAAAAUGGAAGAACAAGCUAAAGCCCGUGGUACAUAUUCUUCUGCGACUGAACGAGCUAAAAAGUUGCUAGAGAAGGAGGAAAAUGCAAGGAUGAUCAAAGCUCAGAUUGAAAUGCACUUUAAUCGAAAUAAGCAGAAGCACCAUAACGAUGACGACGAUAAGGAACUGGAUGCUGAUUAUCGCGAUAGCAAUGACGAGGAAGAGGCAAAUUACUUACAACAAUUAUCCGGUCAGGAUGAAGAUGAUGAUGCGGAAGAGGAUAUAUCCACUAAAAGAAAAGCUGAGGAGGAAGAAUCUGACGAAGAUGAGGAUGACGAUAUGGGCACCAUGGCAAUGAACAGAUGGAAGAAUAAAAAGACCAAGCGAUCCAUUUUCGAAGAUAGCGAUGAUGACGAGGAAGCUGAAAAGAAGAAGAAGGUCUCCUCCACUCCUACCCCUGCCCAUUCUAUAUCCAACUUUUUCAAAGCAAAGGACACUGAGCCCACUCAAUCAGCUGAGCCUACAGAAGAAAAACCUUUGAGUAGACUCAAGAGACGUCCCAUCCAAGAAAGAGACGAUGCUAUGGAGAUUGACGAACCUGUCGCUGCUGCACCCAAGAUCCGUAAACAAAGACAAGAACCAACAGAGCCUGCAGAGAAGAGCGAAUUUUUUGAGGAGGAAGCAGAGGAAGAAGAUGACGAAUUCUUUGGUGCGGGUGGUGAAGAUAUUGAUACUGGUGAAAAUCUCGAUGAAUUUGAGGAGGAUGAUUUAUUGGUCCAUGAAAAUAAUGAACAUGUCGACGAAGCCACUGUACGAGACGCAUUCAAUAAACAAGAUGCCGAAAAUGACAGUAAUAUGAUUCAAAGAUUGCUUAAAGAUGUUACUGGAGGUGGUCUGCGUAAACAAAAGGCUGCUGCAGAAGCUGGUAUUCUCUUGGAGGACAUUGAUCUUUACGAUGAUGAGGACAAUGAUCUUAUUGCAGUUCGUUUGGCUGCUGCUGAAAGAAGACGCAAACUUUUGAAGAAGAAGGGAGAAGAUCCAAUCAUGAGCCUAUUGAACGAUCCGAAAACAUCAGCAUUUGCCAAAGCAUCACUACCUAUACCAGAUGAUACUAAGACGUCUUUCUUAAGUGAUUUCGAAGAUGACGACGAAGACAUCCAAACCGCACCACCAAGUAGCACACGAUACAAGCUUGUAAUUAAAGAUGAUGAUGACGAAGAAGAAGAGGAAGAUGAUUUAAUGGGUGUAUUCUCUGAUGAGGAAAAUCUGAUUAUCGAGGAUGCGGACCCCAUGGCAUCACCAUUGAGAGGAGGACUUGUAAAUAACAUGACAUUAGCUAGUGUAGAUGAUGACGAUGAGGGAUUCCAAAUUGAAACUAUGAAGAGCAUUCAUUCACCUCUGAAUAAUCGCAGAACUAAAUCCAUGUUUGAUUCUCCUACGAAUCUUAACAGAUUCAAACGUCUUUUAUCAGAAACCAACAAUAAUACGUCAGAUACACCUCGCGUUGGAUUCGGAGCUAUUGCUGGUCCAAAGCCAACCAAGCCUGAAGAAGAAACACCAAAGACAUUAGGAAGUAUUGGCGGGUUCCUCAAGCAUGGUGGUGCUAAUACCCCAAAGAAAUCAAAACUCGGCUCAUUAUUGAAGAAAACCAACCCUUUUACUUAUGUAGACAAAUAGUCUCAUUCAUUCUCUUGUUUUUCAAUUUUUUUUUUAUU